GAGUGUAAUGAUGGCGGCCGUAGCUCCACUGAGAAAAUUAAUUCAUAGAAGUGUUUUUGUACAGAACUCAAAUUUGUUUUCUGUGUGUAAACAAAGUCAAGCUUCUAGGUCUAGAAAGGUUCAGUUUAUUCACCUCAAAAAUGAAAUCUCCCGUCCAUAUUGCUCGCAAGUUUUAUAUAAAACAGAUGUAACCGUUGACUACAGAGAUGGGCUUCCAGUUGUUGCUUUACCUUUGCCUUCAAGAAGAGAAACUUGUGAAUUUACACUCAAACCUAUAUCACAGAAUGUGGGAGAUUUUGUGAAAUUUAUUAAGGAUGAGGAUGGGGGCAUUGACACAGUUACCUUUUUCACCAAAGACGGCAGCCGGAUUGCUAAAUCCACGUCCAUUGACGUCCUCAUGAGAUCUGAGUUUCAAAUUAGUAUCAAUGAUCAGAAGUACCAUGUCAGCCCACCUGUUAUUUGUCCUGUAUCACAUGAAGAUGCUCAGACUUUAACAGAUGUUAAGUUAUUGAUAAGUCAGCUUUAUACUACCCUCAAUGUGGAGAGUUACCAGCUAGAAAGGGAGCGAGAACUUAGAACACGCCUAGAAGAUCUAAACAUGCAAAUAUCACCAUUAGAGCAGAAAACUCAACACUUGUGUUCUAAAGCAAGUGUGAGCACUAACCGCCUGGUCUGGCUGGGCCUAGGCUGCAUGAGUCUUCAGUUUGGAAUUCUAGCUCGUCUGACCUGGUGGGAGUACUCUUGGGAUAUUAUGGAGCCAGUUACGUAUUUCGUCACUUAUGGAACGAGUAUGGCUAUGUAUACCUACUUCAUUCUGACUAAACAGGAGUAUGCUUUCCCUGAUGCCAAAGAUCGCCAGUUUCUCCUCAAGUUUUAUAAACUGGCAUCCAAAGAGAAAUUGGAUGUGGACAAGUACAACCAACUACGUGAAAAAAUCACUGAAGCUGAACAUGAUCUCCGUAGGCUUAGGGAUCCUCUGCAGCUCCAUCUCCCAAUUAAAGAAAUUGAAAAAUUAUCCAAAAAAGAUUAAUGUGAGCUUUCUGGAAUAUUUUAACCACGUUUUAGAAAUGUAAACUUAGUUGCAAAAUAUUAUAAUAUAGUUGUUUUAUUUUAAACAUAUAUCUGUAUCAUUAUUUAUCUCUUUUUUAAUGUAGAAACAAAUAUAAUUAAUUAUAUAAAUUUAUUAUAUGAUUUCAGUAAUUAUAAAAAAUUAUAGUUAAAGAGCUAGUCGUAAAAAUAAAUCUCUUUAAAUUAAAUAAAAAAUAAUGUAUAAAAUAGCAUUCAUAAAUAAUAUAUUUUAAUACAGAAAUUUCUUACUCACCUCAUUAGUAACAUUUCUUUCUCUCAUUUGUGCUUUAAACAGGCUCCUCAAGUGUUAAAAAUAUCAUGUUCAUGCAUUUUUAUUAUAGUGUGGACAUGUUAUGUGUUCUCUCCCAUUUAAAAUAAUCUUUCUUAUUCUUUACACCCAUUGCUAGAGCUAUGUUUAAAAAAAAAAGACUAAUUUCUAAGUUUAAGAAAGUUUAAUGGGGUUUAAUCAACACUUGAUAUCAUUAGUGUUUUUAAUGUGUAAAACUGUUUAUAAUCAAUUUAUUCAAAGUAUUUUAGAUUUUUAAAAUUUUUGUAUCGUUUUAUAAAAGAUUAUUAAACAACACAACAAACUAUUUUUGUUGGUUAUUACAUGCUGUAUUUUAAAUCCUGUAUAGUUAUACUAAAAUGAAAUGGUGUUUCUACAGUAGUUUUGGGACAUAACUUUCUUUCUUUGAGUAUUUUAAUUUACUGCUGGGUUUGACUAGCUUUUUUUUUAAAGGCAGGCCCAUGAUUACAUCUAUGAAAUUAUAAGUGUUAACAUUGUUUUUUUUUUGUUGACUUUUAACUGCUAUCAGUUAUGUGAGCUUGAUUAUACAAAAUUUUACAAUGUGAUCUUAAGGUUGAACAAUUUGUAGAUAUCACUGGAACACUGAUAUGAAUGAAAUUUCAGUAUUGAUGAUGACUAUAAAAUUAAAGUGUUCUUAAUUUUUUUUACUGUUUGUGGAAACAUCUAUCUUUAAGAUGGGCUUUAAAUUUUCUUUAGGUAUUUGUCGUUUGUUGGGCGUAGAAUUGCUGCUCACCCAUGUUUGAAAAUUUUAUUGAGUUCUAAAUGUUUUUACUUUUUAUUUAGUCUAAGCAUCUUUAUCGACACAUGGCUACUUUUGAAAAGGUCUUGGUUGCUGAACAAGCCCAACCCACAUUUUGCUUCCUAUCUGUUAUAUAACCUUUAUAGGUGGAGGGUUUAAGGAAUUUUACCUGUUAUAUAAAGAUUAAGCAAGGUCUUUUGAGUAGCUAUUGUGUAUUUUAUAAAAAGUCUAAUCUGUUCUUUUUUUUAGAGAUACUUUUACAUUUUUUAUCCUAGUUGAUUGUUUUUAUUUUUAUUCAUCAGCAGUUGUUUUUUUUUCUGCAGGUGACAUUGUGUCACAUCAGUGUUAAUUUAUUUAUUUUUGAGUUGUUUUGAUUUUUGAGAAUUGAUUUAAGUGUGCAGACCCUACAAUUUUUAUAGAAUUUAACGUUUUUUUAAAGAGUAAUUCAGCCCAAUUUUAUUAUCCUCAUCUCUUUGUUGUUGUGAAGUAAUCAGGCCCAAACGAAACGAUCCUAAUCUCUCUUUGGGUGUCACUAUAACAUUUGUGUGGGAAGUACUAAAGUAUAAUUAACAAGUUAAAAAAGGACACCAGCUACUGUGAUUUCUUGACCAGAUCCAUUGUGUGUUAAAUAGAAGACUUACUGCCCAACAUAAUUUUCCCAGCUCUUCGCUUUCAAGUAUUUUACUGCUGUUUUUGUCAUAUUUUUGGGUUUUAUGUUACAAUUUUUUUGUUCCAAUCCUAUUAUGUUCCGCUAAAUAUAAUUAAUAGAUUUAAUUAAGUAAUAACAUUAGGAGGUCACUUGCAAAACCUGCUUAGUCCCUUCUGAUUGAUUUUGAUGAAAUUGAAUUUUAAAUAUUUAUUUGUUAACUAAAAUUAGGAUUUUUAUACUUUACUAUUAAAUUUUUUUUAUUUAAUGUAUACCUUUUACAACAAAAAUUAGUAUACUACUUUAAAUUCCAGUUAAUAAAGAAGGGUGACUAAUUGUUUCAGAAAGUGAACUUAGCAGGGUUUAGAAGUGGCCUCUUGACAUAUUGUAUUUCUUUUAAAAAUUACUAUCCUUUCCUAUAAUUAAAAACAGUUGUAGUUUAAUUUGCUCCCAUUAGAAGGCAUAGAUACUUGCAGUUCAAUUGAGAUUUGCUGUCUCUUGUUUGUUUAUCAGCAUAAUUAAACUCACUUUCUGCCUUUUAUAAGAUCACUUGCAUGCAAAGAGGUUAUAUAAACUAUCUCUACUUUAUUUAUACAGUCGUUUUACUUUGAGCGUGAAACGAGUGCCUUUCAUAUGUUCUUUCAGUCUUUAAAAACUUUUUGCUGUGACAGCCUGAGAGGUUUUGCUAGUUGCUAUAGAAACCUUGCCAGGUUUUGCUAGUUACUAUAAGAACCUUGCCAGGUUUUGCUAGUUGCUAUAGGAACCUUGCCAGGUUUUGCUAGUUGCUAUAGGAACCAUGCCAGGUUUUGCUA